GGUCGCGAGUCAAGAUCAUGGCGGCCGAGGAGGCGGACGUGGAUAUCGAGGGGGACCCGGCGGCGGCGGUUCCUCCUCCACGCGGAAGCCAAGAAAAUACAGCAUCUGGUUUACAGCAAGAUCACUACCUUGAUUCCACCUGGAGAACUGAUAAUGGCCUCAUUCCUUGGACUCUGGAUAAUACCAUCAGUGCUGAGAACAGGGCUGCCAUCGAGAAAAUGUUACUGGAAGAAGAAUAUUAUAUGUCUAAUAAAUUACUUCCAGACAAUUUCUGGCUUGAUCAUAAGGAAAAUAAUAAAAAGUGCAUGAAAAGUCCACAAAAAUCAGGAAAACUCACGAUUCAGUCACCUGCAAAGCCAGCCAGUCACUCCGUCAAGUGGACAGUGGGAGAAAAAGAGCUCUUUGAGCAAGGCCUGGCCAAGUUUGGUCGGAGGUGGACCAAAAUUGCAAAACUAAUAGGAAGCCGCAAUGUUUUACAAGUCAGGAGUUAUGCCAGACAGUACCUAAAGAAGAAGACAAAAUUAGAUGGUCUGGGAAAAGGCGUGCCCAAGCUGGAGAGCAGCAGUCACCUUCAGGCCCCAGAUGCACUUGCCGGGGAGAAGUCUGGGGCUCCAUUAGGCUUGCAGGGGCAUGCUGACCCUAAGCUGAAUGCUGUAAAAAUUGAGGCGCUCUCUGAUGAUGAAGAAGUGGACAUCACUGAUGAAUCAGAUGAGUUUUUCCCCACCCCCCUAAGGAAUCCCAGCAAUGUUCUUUUAUUAGAUGUUUCCAAUAAUGCAGACCAUAAAAUGGACCCCCAGGGGUUCAUUCCUCCUGAGACACAAGACCAGGCCAUUUCUUCAGCGCCCAGGGAGGACCUUCACAGUGCCUCACAAGAGCAGAGGGAAGCGCACUCUGCCUUGGGAGUUUCUUCCUGGCCACAGAAGCCCAGCUGCAACGGUGGGAGAUGUGACCAGGUGUAUGACAAUCAGACGUCUAGUCCUGGUGGUGGUGCAGAAAGAAGUGCCUCGUUGGGGGAUGGGGAGCAGGGAGCUGGCCCAGAGCUUGGCCCAGGGCCGAAGGACAGCCUCGAUCGUGAGAUGCUUUUUCACCCCUCCUGCCAAGUGGACGAGGAGAGCCCAGAGGACAGGGAGCUGUUGAAAGCGCCCGAGCAGGAGGUGGAAAUCAACAGAGACACCAUUCAGGAGGAGGAGAAGCAGGCCAUCCCAGAGUUUUUUGAGGGCCGCCAGGCCAAGACUCCAGAACGCUAUUUGAAGAUUAGGAAUUACAUUUUGGAUCAGUGGGGAAAAUGCAAGCCAAAAUAUUUGAAUAAGACCUCAGUGCGUCCAGGCCUGAAGAACUGUGGUGACGUUAACUGCAUUGGACGGAUUCACACGUACCUGGAGUUAAUAGGAGCGAUCAAUUUUGGAUGUGAGCAGGCCGUGUAUAACCGACCACAGCCCGCUGACAAGACGCGAGUCAGAGACGGAAGAGAUGCAGAGGAAGCCUACCAGCUAGCGCAGCGGCUGCAGUCAAUGAGAGCUCGAAGGCGAAGAGUACGAGACCCAUGGGGGAACUGGUGUGAUGCUCGGGACUUGGAAGGCCAGACGUUUGAGCAUCUCUCGGCUGAAGAGUUAGCCAGAAGGAGGGAAGAUGAAAAAAACAAACCCACCAAAGCGCCCAAAGCUCCCAGGCUCCCCAAAAGCUCCUUUGACCCCUUCCAGCUGAUUCCUUGCAGUCUCUUCAGUGAAGCAAAGCAGGAGCCAUUUCAGGUGCAAGUAGCUUCAGAAGCACUUUUAAUAAUGGAUUUGCAUGCUCACAUUUCCAUGGCAGAAGUGAUUGGGCUCUUAGGAGGAAGAUACUUGGAAGCUGAGAAGGUGAUUGAGGUCUGUGCAGCUGAGCCCUGUAACAGUCUGAGUACAGGACUACAAUGUGAGAUGGACCCUGUAUCCCAAACCCAAGCGUCAGAGACCCUGGCCGCCCGAGGGUACAGUGUCAUUGGCUGGUACCACUCUCAUCCUGCCUUUGAUCCGAACCCUUCACUUCGCGAUAUUGACACCCAGGCCAAAUACCAGAGUUAUUUCUCCAGAGGUGGAGCAAUGUUCAUUGGGAUGAUCAUUAGCCCAUAUAAUCGAAACAAUCCUUUACCAUAUUCCCAAAUUACCUGCCUGGUUAUAAGUGAUGAAAUUAGUUCAGAUGGUUCUUACCGUGUACCUUACAAAUUCGAAGUACAGCAGAUGUCAGGAGAACCUCGAUGGGAAUUAGUGUUUGAAAAAACAAGAUGGAUGAUUGAAAAAUACCGGCUGUCCCUGAGUGGUAUCCCUAUGGAUAAAAUCUUUCACCGGGGUUCUGACCUGACUUGUUUGCAGAAACUCUUGAUGUGUCUAAGGAAGACUCUGGGCAAAGUGACCAACUGCCAUGUUGCUGAGGAAUUCUUGGUUCAAGUAGAGAAUUUGUUCCUUUCCCAUUACAGAAGCAAAGCAGAGAAGAGCAGAGCUGGAGAGGCCUGCCCUGUGUGUCCACCACAGCUGUCACUGUGAUAGUUUUAUAAGGGGACAUUUUCAUUUUAAAGGUAAAAUGGCAUUUGUGAAAAUCCACCUGCACAGUUUUAUAGUUACCCAAUAUACAGUUCUGCCCGCAAUGACAGCUAUGAUACCAGGGUUUCAUCUAAUAAAGAACUUCAGACUAUAGCGUACAAGUCAAUUGUGCAAGCCCACGUGCAGUCAGAGAACUUUGGGCUCUCACAUUGAAGGUGCUCACCAAAGGGUGGCUGAAAGGGGUGUACGUGGUGGUAAGGGUGGGCUUUUGUUUCUGCCCUCUGUUUUCAUUCACUUGUGAAUUUCUUUACUGUUUUUUCCCCAACCACCAUUGUUCUUCCCACUCAAUCUCAUGAAGUUUUGUUUGUUUUGUUUUGUUUUGUUUUGUUUCCAGUAAGGGGGGGGAGGGGCAGGUUGGUGGUGGGAUGGAAGACAGAUGGGCAGCAGAGAAGAUAGUUCAUUCAGGGACUGAAAGAAAUUGAGAGCCAAAGGUUUAGUCCGUGUGUAGCCACUUGUUAGAAUAAAGAGGCAACUGAAGAGCAUCGAGUUGCUGGUACCUUGGCUGCAGAAGGAUCUCCAAGCUCACGAUUUCACCUUUAUCAGAAACAAUUUCACUGUGGGUUAUGUCCUUUAGCAACCCUGAAAACUUCACUGCUGCUUCCAAGCAAGAAGCAAAAGACAAAAGAGGCUGUCACGAUCUGGAUUCCAGGGCCCAUCUUAGGGUCAGUCUGUGCUUGGACAGUCUCUUAGACUAUCCUCAUCUACACUGGGGAUUGAUCACCCGUCUGGAGGAAAGUCCCUGCAGGCACUCGAUUGUACAAACCAUUAUGCUGCCUGCAUGAUAUUUACGAAGGCAUAAAGUUUGAUUACUUAAUUGAAUGAAAUGAGGGCAUUCUGCAUAAUAUUCAGUUACUAAGAAAUUCUGUUGAAUUCCAUUCCUCCUUGCCUCCCCUGUCCUCCCCAGCAUUCCAAUUAAUAAUCAGCCAGGUGCCCUGCUAAGUCCUUGGGCUUCACCUAGGAAUGAGAGACAGUAACUGCCCUGUAUUUACUAGGGGCCCGUGGCAUGCUUAAUGAUCACAUGUGAGAAAUGAACAAGUAAGCCUGUGAGAUUGGAAUGUAGAGUGUGUGAGGUGCAAUCAGCCUUGGAGGGUAGACUGGAUCAGAUGGGAAAGGCUUUAAUGCCCAGUAAGGGCAUUUGUUUUGUCCUGAGGUCAGUGGGGAGUCCCUAAAGCUUCUUGAUCGGGGAGUGACAUAGUCAUCUCCCUGCUUCAGGAAUGUGACUGGCAGAAAUAUGGAAGCUGGGGAGAGAUUGGCUACAUACACGGCGACCCUGGAGGAGAGGGUUGUAACUGCCCAGGCAAGAGGCAGUAAGGGCCUGGGCUGGGCGGGAAGACUGCAGAACUGAAUGCUUCUCCCUAAGCCUGAUUCUGGUAACAGGGAAUUGAGCUUAUUCUUAGACAAUGCAAUAUGUAAACCUAUCCUGAGCAGGAGCUCUCACCCAAUUGGGACAAAUUACAACCUUUCUGGGCACAGUGAGGGGUUUGGAUUAGAAGAUCUCUAAGGGUCUGAAGCUUUAGCAUCUACUUCUCCAAAUUACCAGUAUGUUGUGAAUUAGCCUGGACAGCUUAUAAAUGGAAUGUGUCCUGUCCCCCAUCUUUCCCCCCAUGCCAUCCCCCCCAAAUCACUGCAGGACAAUAAGGUGUUCCACCAUCUGAAUCAGUGAGCCAGUGAAACUUGUGGACCACAUGUGUCCCAAAGCUGCAAGACUGACGUAGACUGUUCCCCCUGUCUGAGAGGAUGUAGCUGGCUGUGAGGUCAUCAGGGAAGGUUCGUCCUCUUCUCAGGGAUUUGAGCCAUCCAGUAGUGUUUCAGAAAACGAGAGGCCUGACUGGACAUUCUUAGGCCACCACUCUCAGAUGGACUCCCUUGCCUAGUAAAGUUCUUAUGUCAAAUAACCUUCAGGCCUGCUGUGGGGACAGUGUUUCAACUAUACAAUUAACUAAAAUGAAUUUGACUGUCUUAAGAUCUGCGGCAUUCUAUCCCCCUGAAUUGUGUGAUGUGAAAACUUUCUUUGUCAUCCUAUGUGGAUUGCAUGACUGUUGAUUCUCCUGCUGCUCCUUCCCCAAAUGCUCUCCACAUCCUCAGAAAAGGAGACCUCCAUUCAGGCCGUUUUAUACCUGAAGAGCCAAGCUGUGCUAUGCAGACCUGUACUGUAUGCAGAUAGCGUUUCCCUGUACAAAUAUGCAACAUCUUCAUCAGGAAGAGUGGACCUCCCGUCCUUGGUAACCUACUGUAGAAUAUACUGAAUGACCCAGCAAUCUCUGGGGUGUUGCCUUGUUCAAAAAAUGAAUGGAAAGUCUCCCCAAAGAUGGAAGAUAAAUAAAAAGAUGGAAAACCA